AUGUCAGCAGAAGAGACCCUGACCUUAAAGGAACGAAUCAUCUCUGAGUUGAUCGAAAUUCGGCGGCAGCAGCAGCAGCCUGUAGCCUUAACAAGCAAUGCAGCGAUGGAUAAGGAUAGCCUAGACAUGGAAAAUCCACCUGCUGCUAAAGCCAAGAAGAAAACCCUGGCCAGUUUCUUCAAGGAAAACACACAGAAAACAUCAACAGCAUCAACCACAUUUGAUCCCAAGGCGCCAGACAGUUUGCCAGAAUCUCUUCGAGGCCAGCCGAUAGUCCUUCUCCAUGGCCUCACCGAACUCCUCCCAGGCCCGAGUUUUUGCCUCCACAACCACCCGGGCCGCAGUCCGCUUGGCCUGCCGGUACCUGUCAGCUGCCUCCGGAGUCCCACAAGCCAACCAGGCCUGAUAGGACUCCUUCUUCAGCUUGACGGCAUCCUUUACUUCCAGUGUCCACCACCGGGUUCGGGGAUUGCUGCCUCGACAGGCACUGGAGACCUUACGGCCACAGCUCCGAGCAGCCGCUUCGACAAUGGAGGUGCAGAACAUGGUCCACUCAGACUCAAUAUCUCCAGCCUCCCUCGGGAUCUGGUCGUAGCUCUGCCGGAGGUGAGAGUUGAAGAUCUCUCUGACAGGAGAUUCGGCCAAACGUUCCCAGCAAACCCUUACAGUACGCUUGGGUCUGCCAAGUCUGUCCAGCCACCUCCCCCGCCAUCGGAUCCAACUCACCACUAG